GUUAGCUAUCAACGAAGUUAACAGAGAGACAGGAACAUAUUAUAUAUACAUCACUCUGGCUUUUUGGUUGAUAUAUGAUAUAUGAUCUGUUAAAAGCUAUGGAUAAUCAAGAACAGCUACUGAACCUGGGAAGAUCUCUUGCAGUGCCAUGGGUUCAAGAUCUGGCCAAGGAGACGAUGACUACAAUUCCACCACGAUAUGUGAGGCCCCAUCAAGAUCCUCCCCUCAUCUCAAAUACCUCCUCUUUACCUCAACUCCCUGUCAUCGACAUGCAAACCUUACUUUCCAACAACGACGAUUUCUCAGAGCUCGACAAGUUGCACCUUGCUUCUCAGGAAUGGGGUUUCUUCCAGCUGAUAAACCAUGGGGUGAGCAGUUCGUUGUUGGAGACUGUGAAGUCUGGCAUUCAAGAAUUUUUUGAACUCCCAAUGGAGGAGAAGAAGAAAUAUUGGCAACAAGGAGGAGAUGUAGAGGGAUUUGGGCAGGCCUUUGUCGUCUCUGAGGAGCAGAAGCUUGACUGGGGAGACCUUUUCUACAUGGUCACUCUUCCUACCUAUUUGAGGAAGCCCCACUUGUUUCCCAAGCUUCCACUCCCAUUGAGAGACAACUUAGAAGCUUACUCAGCUGAAUUAAAAGCUCUUGCAGUAAAAAUCCUAGACCUAAUGGCAAAAGCUCUGAGAAUGGAAGCUAGGGAAAUGAGGGAGUUGUUUGAAGAAGGAUGGCAAGGUAUGAGGAUGAACUAUUAUUCUCCAUGUCCGCAGCCAGAGCUUGCCAUUGGUCUCAAUCCUCACUCUGAUCCCGUUGCCCUAACAAUCCUCCUGCAAAUCAAUGAGGUCGAAGGCCUACAGAUUAGGAAAAACGGGAUGUGGAUUCCAGUUAAACCUCUGCCUAACGCUUUUGUUGUCAACAUAGGUGAUGCUCUGGAGGUAAGUACGUAGCCCAAGAUUUUGAAAAGAAUAAUAAUAAUAAAAAGAAAAACCUCCUUUGUCGCCAAUUCAAGCUGCGGGCAAAGACCCACUUCAAGUAUUUUUCAUAUUUUUUUUAGAUGAAUCAUUGCAUAUAUAAACGCAUAUUUAUAUAUAAAACGUGAUAAACUUAGGG